ACGAAGAAGAACAACUUGCACCGGAAGUCAGAGAAGCGGGAGAUUGGAAAACAUAAACAUACUUUUUGUUGGUUUGAGCUUUUGUUUCACGCUGAACAUUUGUCAAAAUGCUGAACAAGGCACCAAAACUGAAAUCCACCAUUAAAACGAAAGCAAAGAGUAACAUAAAUUUGCGGCCGGCGUCAGAGGCGAUGAUUGAGCUGCUGACCUUGUUGUUCCUGAAUAAUCUGGCAGAGGAGGCGAAGGCCAAAGCUUUUGAAGAAAAAUCUGCAACGAUCAGAGCCCAGCAUGUGAAAGCAGUCUCCAAGAAAGUGCUGAAAAAAGCCAGAGGAUGAAGACAGUGAAGGGCAUCAUUGUCAUUUUUAAGAACAUUCUUGUCAAUGACAGCAGCAAUACUUUUUCUUUUUUUAUAUAUAUUUUGUUUCCUUCUGAAAUCUUCUUUUCUAUGUUUUAUUCCAUUCCUCAUGCAAGUAAAUGCCCUGUAUAUGAUUUCCUGUUAUGAGAGUUUUCUCUUAUUUAUUAAAUUCUUGUGAAUAUUA